GGAAAGGUUCACGGAUCUCUCGCUCGUGCCGGUAAGGUUAAGUCUCAGUGCCCCAAGGUUGAGAAGCAGGAGAAGAAGAAGACCCCCAAGGGCCGCGCCUACAAGCGUAUGGUCUACAACCGUCGCUUCGUCAACGUCACUCUUACUGGUGGUAAGAGGAGGGUA